AUGUCUCUGCAUACAUCCUAUCAUGCGGACUCCGACGCGGAUGAUGAGUACGAACGGAGUGUGAUUACCUCCCCUCAUCUAGCGACCGACUCCGAGGCCUCUCCCUCCGACUCCGAAUUCCCUUCAGCCGAACACACUCCUAGGACAUUUGCAAACCCCGAGGAAGACCCUCGAUCACCGAAGACUAUCAUUACAGAGUGGACCGCUGAGGAAUGCGCAAACUGGCUUGCCGCCCUCGGUCUCCGUCAGUACUGCGCAACUUUUCUUGAGAACGAAAUCGUCGGCGAAGCACUGAUUGCGCUCAAACACGAGGAAUUGAAAGAGAUGGGAAUCACCAGCGUUGGGCACCGAUUGACCAUUCUGAAAAGUGUAUACGAGACUAAAGUCAAGCAAGACAUUCCCCUCGACCCUGACCACUACAUACCUCUUUCGGCGGACCAAAGCAUGAACGAAACCGCCACACAAGAGGAUAUUGCUCGUUUGAUACAAUCGAUCCGGUUACGAGAUGAAAAAAUCGUCAGUGUCGAGUCGGAGUUGCGGCGCGUUGCAGAGGAGUAUCGCCGGCUUCGCGAAGAGCUUCUUCCUGUCUUCAAAAUGGCCAAGGAUCGAUCGCAACCACUGCCCCCUCCAUCAUCAGCUGGCCCAGGAGCCGAUGGCCACUACGAAGGCCAAACCCUUGUAUCACCCUCCGGAAACACCUUGAUUGAGCGUGCAGCGUCCGGAAUCUCUCGGACUUUCUCCAAGCGCGUCUACACUGGGGGUUCCACACCAAAAAACAACUCGCCUACGCAUAUCCCUCCAUCGAUACACGAAGGACGAGCGUACAACGACAACGGUGGACUGGACCCUUCUGCUGCCGCGAAUUCGUCCCAUCUUAGCGCUUUGAAUGGCAAGCCACAGUUGUCACCGGGCAUGCCAUCGCCGACGUCUCCUGGUGCCCACUACGGUGCUCAUCAGACGCUUGCAUCACGUUCUUACACACAACCGAAUUCGGGUCGCACAGGCUAUGAUCAUCCCGAAGAUACUCCGACGGCACAAUCACGUCCCGAUCGGUUGAAUCCAACCCCCACACAAGCGUCACGCCCUGAUGUUCCGACACGGUCCGAUUCCCGAGCGGGUGCCGAUCCACCUAGCGUCGAGAUCUUCAAGUCAUUCCGUGUUUCCAUGGAUGACCCUUGUCAUAAGGUUCUUCCCGCCGCACUCAAAAAGUACAAUAUCAAUGCCGAUUGGAAGCAGUAUGCAUUGUACAUUGUGUACGGUGAUCAAGAGCGAUGCCUAGGACUUGAGGAGCGGCCGCUUAUUCUCUUCAAGCAACUCGAGAAGGAGGGAAGAAAACCGAUGUUCAUGCUACGAAAACAGCUGCAUCCUAUUGACAACGCUUACACCAGCGGGGGCUCUGCCCCCAAUAGUGCAGGUUUCGAGGGCAGACAAGGCCAGAUCAACCUGCCCGGCGGCGUUCUGUGA